AUGUCGGCGCUCUUCACCCUACGGGUCAGCGUCCCGGGCCAGUGCGACCCGCCCGGGUCGACCGGAGAGCGCGGGGACGCCGACGUUGGCCGCGGCGGCGACGCCAGAUCUCGCCCUGGCCUCGAGGAUCGACCCGGCGCCCCGAGGUGGGAGACGCUAGAGUUUCGCGCCGGUAACCCCCGCGCGGAGAUCAUCACCGGUCGAAUCAGGCUCUACCGCGACGCCAUCCGCGCAUCCGACGCGUCCGCGUCGCCGUCCGCGACGACGACGAGCGCACCGGCGACGUCGCUCCCCGAGGGCAGGUCCCCGCUGGUGUGCGUCCUCGCGGUGCCCAUCGAGCUCUCCGUCGCCGACUUUUGCCAGUUCGCGGCUGCGAUCAUAAACAAGGUGACCGAGAUGCGCAUCGUGCAGGCGGCGCCGAGGGCGAUACGAACCGGCGCGGACGAUGAUAAAGCGGCGAAGGAUAGAGAGAAGGGGAGAGCGAAGGCCGCGGAGCAACGGGAAUCCGAGCCCGCCGACUCGUCGUCGGCGUUUUCAGCCGGCCAGUCGUCGUACGCGGUGAUACUGUCGUUCGAGGACCAGGACUCCGCGGACUCGUUCGCUCUCAACUACCACAACAGGCGUUUCUCGUCCUUAGUCGAGGGUGAGUGCCGGGCGCUUUUCGUGCGCGCGAUCGAGCUCGAAGGAAAAGACGGCGAGCCGGUCGAUUUGAACUCCCGUUUGCCAUCCGCCGAGCAGCACCUCAGCGAGCUCCCCUCGUGUCCCGUGUGCCUGGAUCGCCUCGACCAGGACGUCAGCGGUGUGGUCACCACGGUGUGCUCGCACUCUUUCCACGCGACGUGCCUCAGCGGCUGGGGAGACUCGUCCUGCCCGGUGUGUCGAUACACGCAAAAUCCGGAGGAGGAGGCCAGGUGCCAGAGAUGCGGCCGCGUCGGGGAUCUGUGGGCGUGCCUCGUGUGCGGCGCCGUGGGGUGCGGGAGGUACGCACGGGGGUGUUCGCUGGACCACUGGAACGAAUCCGACCACUGCUACGCGCUCGAGCUGACGACGCAGAGGGUAUGGGACUACGUCAGGGACGGGUUCGUGCACCGACUGAUCCAAUCGAAGACGGGCCUCGUCGAGCUCGCCCCCGGCGGCGGCGGCCGGGGAUCGCGCGUCGGCAUCCGGAGCGGGGCCGGCGCGAGGGGCGACGAGGGAUCGGAGAUUGUCGCGUCUCCGCCGCGGCCGAGGCGGCGGGGUAAGGGAGACGACGGCGGCGGCGGUAAGCGCGAAAGCGGCGAAGUCGACGCCGGAACGGGCGGCGGAGCGAACGGGUCGCGACGCGCGGGUCGUGACGCGCGGGUCACGACUCACGGGUGGCUCGACGAGGGGCUGGACGAGUACGACGCCGACUACCCUCUCGACGAGGGCCUGGAGGAGGCGCUCGUGUCGUCGAAGUUGGACGCGAUACACACCGAGUACAACGCGCUGCUCACGUCGCAGCUGGACAGUCAGCGCAGGUACUUCGAAGGACUGAUGGCGGCCAACAACGCGGAACGCGACGGCGCGCUGAGCGCCAAGGAGGCCGCCGAGUCCCGCGCCAGGGUAAUCGCGGGAGCCGUAGACGCCGCGAGGGACGCGCGCGCUAAGCUUCAGGAGGCGCAUGCAAAAAUUGACGACGGUUUGGCGAAGAAUGCCAAGCUCGAAGAGGAGCGCGAUUUUUUUAAGCAGCUCAACGACACGUUGCUUGAAAACCAGCGGCAGCUCAGGGCCAAUCUGGACGCCACCGAGGCCAAGUUGAACGAGGCGAACGAGGCAAACGACGCGAAGAUCCGCGACCUGCAGGAGCAGGUGCGCGACCUGAUGGUCUUCAUAGAGGCGCAGAGUAAAUUAGCCGAGGGGACCGAAGGUGGAGACUCGAUCGAGGGGGGCGACGUCGUGGGCGUCAGCGACGGGGACGCGGCGCCGUCGCGAGACGCGGCGCAUGCCAGGUUGCAGAGCAAGCUGAGGGCAAGAAGAAAGCCGGGGAGAUAG